GAGCCGUGGAGCCCUUUGCCGCCGCUCGGGUGAGAUGAGGCUGCACUGCGACGUCGAGGUGGUCAGUCGGCACUUGCCGGCCUUGGGGCUGAGGAACCGGGGCAAGGGCGUCCGCGCGGUGUUGAGCCUCUGCCAGCAGGCCCCCCAGAGUCACCCGCGGCCUCUGGCCCGGGGCGAGCGGGGCGGCCCGCAGCCCGCCUGCCUGCUGGUUUCUACCCUGAAGGACAAGCGCGGGACCCGCUAUGAGCUGAAGGGGAACAUUGAGCAAUUCUUCACCAAAUUUGUGGAUGAGGGAAAAGCCACAGUUCGGUUAAAGGAGCCUCCUGUGGAUAUCUGUCUAAGUAAGGCCAAUUCCAGCAGUUUAAAGAGUUUCCUUUCAGCUGUGAGACUGGCUCAUAGAGGCUGUGAUAUUGAGACACCACUUUCACCCCUCACACCUGUGAAGACUUCAGAAUUUGAAAAAUUUAAAACUAAAAUGGUUAUCACAUCCAAAAAGGACUAUCCUCUAAGCAAGAAUUUCCCAUAUUAUCUGGAACAUCUUCAGACUUCUUAUUGUGGGCUUGUCCGAAUUGAUAUGCGUAUGCUUUGCUUAAAAAACCUUAAGAAAUUAGACUUGAGUCACAACCACAUAAAAAAGCUUCCAGCUACAAUUGGAGACCUCAUCUACCUUCAAGAACUUAACCUGAAUGACAAUCUCUUGGAGUCAUUUAGUGUAGCAUUGUGUCAAUCUACACUCCAGAAAUCACUUCGGAGUUUGGAUCUCAGCAAGAACAAAAUUAAGGCACUUCCUGUGCAGUUUUGCCAGCUCCGAGAACUUACAGAUUUAAAACUUGAUGAUAAUGAAUUGAUUCGAUUUCCUUUCAAGAUAGGACAGUUGACAAACCUUCGAUCUUUGUCAGCAGCUCGAAAUAAGCUUCCAUUUUUGCCUAGUGAAUUUAAAAAUUUAUCCCUUGAGUACUUGGAUCUUUUUGGAAAUAUUUUUGAACAGCCAAAAGUCCUUCCAGUUAUAAUGCUGCAAACACCAUUAACUUUAUUGGAAUCUUCUGCACGAACCAUAUUAUAUAAUAGGAUUCCAUAUGGCUCUCAUAUCAUUCCUUUCCAUCUUUGCCAAGAUUUGGAUACUGCAAAAACCUGUGUUUGUGGAAGAUUCUGUCUAAGCUCUUUUAUUCAGGGAACAACUACCAUGAAUCUACACUCUGUUGCUCAUACUGUGGUCUUAGUAGAUAAUAUGGGUGGCACUGAAGCACCUGUUAUCUCGUAUUUCUGUUCUCUAUCCUGUUAUGUAAAUUCCUGUGAUAUGUUAAAGUAAUAGAUAAUAUCACAAAAAGAAAUUCUGUUUACUUACAGAUCAGUUUGGGAUACAUUUAUGGUUUAACAGUGUUAAAUUGGAGAAAGGAAAGCUUUUUUGGUAUACCCUUUUUUCAAUAAUUUGACUGUAAAAUCUUAAUUUCAUUAAAAGCUAAUUAAUUUUA